GGUCGGGGCUCGACCAUUUUCAGAAGGGAAAGGACUCCAAGAAACUAGUUGUGGUUGAUUUCACUGCAUCAUGGUGAUGACCCUGCCGUGUCAUUGCCCCAAUCCUCACCGACCUAAGAAGAAUUCAAGUGCCAUAUUCCUGAAAGUUGAUGUUGAUGAGUUGCAGGAUGUUGCUAAGGAGUGGGAAAUCGAGGCAAUGCCAACCCUUUUGUUCCUCACAGAAGGGAAAAUUAUUAACAAGAUUGCGGGAGCUAAGAAGGAUGAGCUUAUUGAUAAAGUUGCAAAGCAUGCAGUUGUGGCUGCUGCUUGUCUUUGAUUAGCCUUUGGGACUAAAUAAAGAUCGGUAGCAUGAGGCUAUCCAAUUUGAUAAGAAAAAUACAUAUUUUAUAUAAAUCAUUUUUGUGACUAAAAUCCACAUUCAUCUUUUU